GCGACGCCUCUGCGGCUGCUGUGCCGCGCGGCGCGGGGCCGCGGCCCUGCCCUUCUUCUUUCCCGCCGGAGCCGGCGGCGUUCCCCUACGGCGCGGAGCUUUGGCGCGGCGCGGCCCGGCCCGGCCCGGCCCAUGGACCGGCACAAAGUGAAGCGGCAGCGGCUGGACCGGAUCUGUGAAGGCAUACGGCCUCCUGCUGUGAAUGGCCCAAUGCCAUCACGGCCACUGGUUGCGCUCUUGGAUGGAAGAGAUUGCACUGUGGAGAUGCCCAUCCUGAAGGAUGUUGCUACAGUUGCAUUUUGUGAUGCUCAGUCAACUCAGGAAAUCCAUGAGAAGGUACUGAAUGAAGCAGUAGGAGCUCUGAUGUAUCACACCAUUACACUGUCUCGUCAGGAUCUGGAGAAAUUCAAAGCCCUCAGGGUCAUUGUGCGUAUUGGCAGUGGCUAUGACAAUGUUGACAUCAAAUCUGCUGCAGAAUUAGGCAUUGCAGUUUGCAACAUCCCCUCCUCCUCAGUUGAGGAGACUGCUGACUCCACCCUCUGCCACAUCUUGAACCUUUAUCGACGUGUUACGUGGCUGCAUCAGGCCAUGCGGGAGGGGAAUCGAGCUUCAAGUGUGGAGCAGAUUCGAGAAGUGGCCGGAGGUGCUGUGCGUAUCCGUGGGGAGACUUUGGGCAUCAUUGGACUGGGCCGAGUUGGACAGGCAGUGGCUCUGCGAGCCAAGUCCUUUGGCUUCAACGUGAUUUUCUAUGAUCCCUAUCUGCCGGAUGGAGUGGAGCGAUCCUUGGGUUUACAGCGAGUAGGAACCCUGCAGGAUCUACUAAUGCACAGCGAUUGCAUCACAUUGCACUGCAGCCUGAAUGAACAUAACCAUCACCUCAUCAAUGACUUCACUAUUAAACAGAUGCGCCAGGGCUGCUUCCUAGUGAACACAGCCCGGGGAGGUCUGGUCGAUGAGAAAGCCUUAGCACAAGCCUUGAAAGAGGGGAGAAUCAGAGGAACGGCACUGGAUGUACACGAAUCCGAGCCUUUCAGCUUUGCUCAGGGGCCCUUAAAAGAUGCACCCAAUGUGAUCUGCACCCCACACACUGCCUGGUACAGCGAGCAGGCUUCCAUUGAAUCCAGGGAAGAUGCAGCUAAAGAGAUCCGCAGAGCUAUUACAGGUCACAUUCCUGACGCUUUGAGGAACUGUGUUAAUAAGGAGUAUUUGCUGUUAGCAGCUCAGUGGUCCGGUAUUGAUCCUGCAAGUGUCCACCCAGAACUCAAUGGAGCUGCAGCGUACAGGUUUCCUCCAGGAGUAGUGGGAGUAACCACCCCUGGGCUACCAGAACCACCAGUAGUGGAAGGGAUUGUAGCUCAUGGGAUCCCUUCUGUUUCCCACUCUGCACCGCGUACCCCUUCCCCAGGAGAGACAAGCAAACUGGAUGCAGACAGAGAGAUUCCUGCUGAUCAGUAGCAGCAUCUUUAUCUUCUCUUCUCUGGCAGCAGGGAAAAAAAAAAAAAAAAGAAAAAAAAAAAAAGUAUCUUCUGCUAGGACUUUCUUUAACACCCUGCAGAGACUGUUUCUUGUUAAUGCAGGGCAGGACAAUGCAUUUCAUUACUGGCAAACUUUAGGUCUUGCCUUUAUUUUUGUAAUCCUUUUAGUUAUAAUCUCUUGGUGAAUCUUUCUCCUUCUCUGGGGCAGGGCAGCAGUGACCUUGCCUCCCCUUGGAAAUACUUAGUUUAACCAGUGUUUUUUUCCUAUGUGUCUGCCUCAGUUGUCUGUGACAGGGAACUGUUUUAGUGCACUUGAAUAUAGAAGAGGUAAUGCCUCCUGAUCAGGGAUGGCCUUCAGUGUCCCUAACAGCAGAUUUCAGGGCAUGUUUUUCAGUUGUAGCAGUGUAAGUUCCUUUUGGCUGUACCUCUCAAAGUGUAGACAUGGGAAAUAUCAGAAAAAGAUUAAUAAAUUGGAGAAGUUGUGAUUUGUCUGUAUUAUGCUGUCAGUAAAAUGCAACUUCAGCUCUGUGCAUUACCUUGCUUGUUUUAAUUAAGGUUUUCUAUGAGAACGGACAGCACAAGCAGUGCUUGUUCGUGACUGUAAGUUUUGUCUAUGCAGUACUAGGCCUGAAGAUAAAAAUAACAGUUUCAAAGUCAGCCUUGUAAAUAAUUUGAAACGAAUUUUAAAAGUCUUCAAAUGUGUUCCAGUGGCCACUGUGUUUGCAAGGCUUCAAAAUAAUUUACCUAUGUGAAUGUACCUCAGAGAAGAUGAGAAAAUGCAGAAAUAGGAAAAAAUUGCACUGGGAGACAGCAAGUAGCAAUAAUUUGCAGCUGCAGUUGCUGGUUCCUUGCACACACGUACCUCAGUCUAACGACGCUGUUUAUUCACAGAGUAUAUGACGUUAAAAUUCUAAGCUGUGUUCUACAGAGCUGUGUAGGCAUAACUGCACCAAUUAGAAGUAGCACAGCAGUGCUAGUGACACUAGUCUCUGCUGAUGGAGAAAGCUUUUAAGGCUUGACCAAAUUAGCCUAGUUAGCGUAGCUCUACUAGCAUAUGUUGUAUCUUCAGUAGAGAGCAGAGUAAAAUUGAGCGCUUUUUUUUUUAGUAUCACAAUGCUUAUUCAUGUAGGAGAAAAGCUUACUCAUAAAGGAGAACACAAUUAUGUUAUCACCUGAAGCCAAGGCAGGAUUGUUAUUCUGAAGUAUUUUUCUGUUUCUCUGUCCCAACCGAUUCACUUCUUGGAGGGGGGUGGAGCCCUCAGCAAAACAGAUUCCCCAGGAGAUUUUCCUUAAUCCUAAAUAUUCUGUGUGUUUGAUCUUGUUAUGCUAGGUGCUACACAGCAGGCAUACCCUGUGUGUGGUGUUACCUGCCUUGCUUGAUUCCUUUUGUGUGUCUGUGACUGGGAGCUGAAUAGGUGGGAACAGAUUGGAAAUGCACUUUGAGGAGUGGAUGAAAUAAUCUGUUUAGGCUGUUUACAGUUCAAGAAGUUGAGCAAAGCCUUCGGAGUAGCAAAGAUUUUAGGCUCUUCCCUGUUUUUAUGUGUUUAUAUAAUAGCUUACUAUCUAGUUUACUAAUGACACAGUGAAGUGAUUCAUUCCUUUCCCUGUAUGCACCCGCCAGUCUGCGCUGCCGCCACCCCUCCAACCACACAAAAACAGGAAAACUUCGGCAAUUCAAGAAAGAAAAAUAGGCAAGAUGUAAGCUUCAGGUGUUUCUUUGCCGAUUUAACACUUUCUAACUGUUCAUCAUGAGUGAGAUAUUUGUUCUUUAGUGUUGAGCGUCUUUUUUUCAUAAGGUAUUUGUGUUAGUGAAGGUUGGCUUCUGUGUUUCAUGGAUCAUGCUGAUUCUAAUUAAAAUCCAUAUACCUCCUUGGCUGCUCAGGUUUACCAGGUCAGACUGGGACUGGUGUUAGGUGCAAGUGACAAGAGAAUUCUUCUGAAUGAAAGCUUAGAGUCAGAAGCAGUUCAGUUUGAAUCGUACCUAAAAUAACCAGCAGCUCUUUUCUGAUUUCUGUAAUUUUUAGCUAACCUACAUUCUGCAAACUGCUAACUCAGAAAGCUGUUCUUCUGACAGACGGAUGGGGGGGGGGGGAAAUGUUUCAUUCAGGUACUGAGAGCUGAUCUGUCCAUUACUGCAUUAGGGGAGCAGUCUGUCCAUAACUACUGUUUCCUUAUUUGCUCUUAAAAAUUCUUGCUCUGCAUAGAGGUUAACGUCUGCAGAUUAUUUGGUGGUAAGGUGCUUCUAGUUACAACCUUAGUGAGUACAGAGAAUCAGAGUAUGUUCAUCGUCUCUAUUUUAGAGCACAGUGCAAGGUAGAUGCUUUUCGUUAAAGGCAGCGUAUCUAUUUCCAUCUAUCUGUAUAUUUUUAAGAUCAGUCAGGCAGCUCUGUGCACUCUGAAGAAGAGUGGGAAGAUCUCUUCUAGGGGACAUUUCGAGUUUUCCGUAUUUGAUGACUAGUAAAUGUAGGAGUAACUAAUUGAUGUAAGAAAUACUUCGUUAUGGAUGCUGAGGAGCACUAGCUGAUAGCACUGGUGAUUCUAUUUGGGAAUCUAGGCAUCCCUUCUCUCCUCUUAUGGGUGGAACGUGACAGCAAUAGUGGCUCUGCUUUAUCCAACACCAUGCAGAGUGAUUGGAUAUGAAGGCAACAUCUCCCUUGAUGAGAGCCUCAGCAAAAAAUGCUGAGGUGAAAAUUGAACGGAACCUUGACCGUGACAUCCUCAGUGAAGGGCUCUCUUUGUGUUUGUAGAAUUGCUCUGCCUGUAUUCCGUCUGUACCUCUGUGCAUGGACUAAUCUUGCCAUCACCAGACCAAAGGCUGUUCUGAACAGACAGCUCAUAGAAAAAUGACCAGUACCGAAGUAUACUGUGGUCUUCCCCAUCCCAUGAGUGCCAAGUUAUUUCAACAGCAUCCUCUCAUGUGUGAUAAACUGACUCACAGCUCCUCCUUUAGUGCAGUAUACAGAAGUGGAAGGAUGUUUUUUUCCCCUCUUAAAAUACCCUCCUUCAGAACUAGUGCAGAGCUUUAUUCCCAAAGAACAGAAGUUUCCUAGGGUGAGGCAGGAGUGCCCUACCUUCACUAACCUGCUUACAGGAGGUGCUUAUACUGUCCCAAGGUACAUUCUGUUUGUCAGGGUCACUGCUGCUGACCAGCUUUUUUAUAGAGGACUCAGAGUUUCAGAAAUAUAUUUUUGUAGACAAUAACUAAACUGUGAAACAUUGAAAUAAAGCAUGUAAAACAAAAGCUUACAGCACUGUCCUCUGUACAGAUGUUUCGCUCAGUUCUCUCCUGACUUAUUAGAUAAUGUUUGAUUACUUCUUGGAUAUAUUUUAAUAAACUUCUCCAAAGAA